AUUUUGAAAUAUGUUUCUUCAGCACCUAAACAUUGAUUGAUCUAGUAUUUAAAUCAUAUCAUAUAAAUAAUCCUAUCACAGAAGUAUCCUGCUGAAGUCUGUAAAGUGUAAGCAAAACUUCAAGAACACAAGUCUCAGUUCAUCACCACAAAAAACUGUAAAACAACAUGGAAUUUAAAUUUCAGCUCUCUGCUGAAGCUACAAGCUUUCUUGCCUUAUUACUAUUUCUCUGCUGCCUGUUUCGACGAAAAAGGGGAACUGACACCAAGGCGAAACCUCCCCAGCCAUCUGGUUCUUGGCCUGUUUUUGGCCAUCUACAUCUUCUAGGAGAACUUCCUCACAUAACUUUGGGAAAAUUAGCAGAUAAAUAUGGUCAAAUCUUUAUGAUCAAGCUUGGUGUCCACCAAGCUUUGGUUGUGAGCACAGCAGAGAUGGAAAAAGAGUGCUUAGGUGGCACCAAUGACAAAGUAUUCUUAAACCGUCCCAAGAAAAUCUUUGUAGAGCAUAUAGCUUACAAUGGUGCCAUGUUAGGCUUAAGCCAAUAUGGCUCAUAUUGGCGUGAGAUGCGUAAAAUUACCACUGUCGAGGUACUGUCCACCCAUCGGGUGGAGAUGUUUAAAAAUGUCAGGAUAUCUGAGGUAAGAUCGGCGAUGAAGAGUAUAUCAGUUGUCAGGUCUGAAUUAACAGACAUGAAACAAUGGUUUACUGAUAUAAGCAUGAAUACUAUUGUAAGAUUAGUUUCAGGCAAGUCAUUGAAGGAAUUUUAUCAAGGGGAGGAAUAUAAUAGGCGUGUAAAGGCAAUCAGGGAUUUCUUUGAAUUGGCAGGUGUAUUUGUCCCUGCUGAUGCACUGCCCUUACUGAGGUGGUUUGAUAUCGGAGGGUACGAGAGGAAAAUGAAGAAGGCAGGAAAAGAGAUUGAUCAUAUAGCUCAAAGGUGGUUGGAUGAACAUAGAAACAGAAGCUCUGAAGAGGCACAAGGAAAGCUGGACUUCAUGGAUGUGAUGCUUGGUAUUUUCGAGUCUGGACAGGAAAAGCCUUCCAAAUAUGAAACAGAUACAAUUAUCAAAGCCACUUGCAUGGCGUUGAUUUUAGCAGCAGCAGACACCACAGCAGUAACCUUAACAUGGGCAUUAUCAUUGCUACUCAACAAUAAAGAUAUCCUGAAGAAGACUCAAGUUGAACUAGACACGAUAGUGGGAAGCGAAAGGCAGGUGGAAGAGUCAGACCUCAAGAAUUUAGUCUACUUGCAAGCAGUUCUCAAGGAGACUAUGAGACUAUACCCUGCUGCACCCCUUUCAGUCCCUCGCGAAGCUAUUUCAGAUUGUAUCGUGAGUGGUUAUAAUAUUUCAGCUGGGACACAACUCUUUGUCAAUCUUUACAAAAUACACAGAGAUCCAAGAGUGUGGUCAGACCCAUUGGUUUUUCGUCCGGAAAGGUUUCUCACAACUAGUGAAAACUAUGAUGUUAGAGGCCAAAGUUUUGAAUUUAUGCCUUUUGGAAGUGGAAGGAGGAUAUGUCCUGGUAUAUCUUUUGCCCUUCCUGUCAUGCAGUUUACACUAGCUAAUUUAUUCCAUGGAUUUGACAUCUCAACUCCAUUGGAUGAAGCUGUCGACAUGACUGAGGGUUUUGGACUAACCAACCUCAAAACUACACCACUUGAGGUCAUUCUCACCCAUCGCCUUCCUUCCAACCAGGGGCGGAUCUAGGGGGGGUUCAAGGGGGUUCAUUGAACCCACAGAUUUUUUGAAAAAAAAUUAUAAGUUUUAAUUUUUUUUUUUAAAAAAAAAAAGAAAAAGGGUUAAUACAAAUUUCUGUGAGAAUAAUAAUCACAUGGGUAAGUUUGGUGCAUUGGUAAGGCUUUGAAUAAUAGAGCAGCGCGCCCUUUUAAUGUCUUAGGUCUUAGGUUCGACUCCUAUUGCCCUCUUUUUUUGUACUUUUUUUUUUUUUUUUUUGUUCUUUUACUCCUUACAUUCAGAUUUCAGAAAUCAAACAUCGACAUUUCUUAUUUUCCCCAAAUUCCCAAACACCAAAACCCUAACCUUGACACCCUAUGACCCUAGCCAGUAGCCACUAGCCGCCGCGACACCGCACACCGAGACACCAACCGGCGACCGGGAGCACUGACGACCUCACGGAGUGACGGAGACACGGACGAGGGACGACUGUUCUUAAUUCAGACUUCAGAGUUCUUCUACAAUUGUGAGUCCUCUUAAUCUCUUAUUCCUCUACUCCUAUUAAUUCUUAAUCUUGGUUUGCUUGUUUUAUUUUUUAAAUUGGUUUAUGGUUUUGAUAUAUUGUUGAAUUCUUGAAUUGUUGAGAAAUUGAAUUGUAGAAACUUAGAAGUUAGAAUUAAAAAAAAUUUACUUGUUUUUUUUUUUUGAAAUAAAAUUUUUACUUGUUCUAUUAAUUGAAAUUUGAUAAUUAGAAGAAGUUUAUAUUGUCGAAUUUGUGUUUAUUGGGGACUUGUGAUUUUAAUUGAUAAUUAAUUGUGUAUUAUGUAAAAAAUAAGUUGCGGAAUAGUACGGGUGAUCAACUAUUGAAUGAUAGUUUAGUUACUUAUCUUGAGAGAGACUUAAUUGCAAGAGUUAGUGAUGAUGAUGUAUUAGCACGCUUUCAAAGUAGGAAAAUUCGAAGAAUGCUUUUGUAGGUUUUUUUUUAUUUUUUUUAUUUUUUUUAUUGUGUAAUUCAUCCGUGAUAAAAAUUUGAUUUAUGUAUUGAAUUUUUAAUCAAAAUAUGAUCAUCGUUUUUUUUUUUUAAGAUUUCGAACCCACAGUUCGGAAUUCCUGGAUACGCCGCUGCUUCCAACCUUACUUUAUUCAAGUCAAUUUGAGUCCAGGAUUUUCCCAAGAUUGCUCAGAAAGUAGCAUUCUACAUUCAGCUAGUUUGUUAACAGCAAGCAGCUUCUCAUGGAGAGUCAUUGAAACAUGCACAGAAUCCUGUGCAUUGUAACAAAUUUAAUUAGUUAAAUGCUUGUACAUGUAACUCAUAUAUUUAGAAAGGAGGACUAAUUAGUAUAGAGUUACAAAUUUUGGGGGGUGCAUGGUAUAAACAUUAGAAUUUUUAGAAACGAAAUGGAAAGAAAGCAAAUAAGAGGGGAAAUUAUUAAGCCCUUACCUUUUCAGUUGUUUGGUUUAACUAUAAAAAAAAAUAUAAAAUUUAAUUAAACUUGUGUGUUUAAGAAGGGUAAUGUAUUGAUACCAAAGGUUAUAGAGCAGUCUUAAUUAGGUGGAUUAGAGGGAUAUCAAAGGUAUAAACAUGAAUAUACUGAAAUUGUAACACAAUAUUGUCACCCAUCAAUUACACAAAUAAACACCAAAAAAAACAUGUAUAAAAAUCAUGCCCUAAAUCAUCAAGUAUAAUAUUCCAGCAAAUUUAAUAAUAAAACCCUAAAAAUUUACUCUUGCAACAACUAUACCACAUUAUCUCACAAAAUGAACCAACAUAAACAACAAUAUUAAUUAAGAGCUAAUGUGCUAAAGCCUACAAAUUAAAAAAAUAGAGCACAAUACAAAUAAAGCACAAAUAAAUAAUACUGUAUAUCACAGGCAAUAAAUCUUAUAAAUCACCUUAAUAUAUAAUCUUUUUAAAUUUUACCUUUCUCUUUGUUAAAUUAGAGGGAUAUCAAAGGUAAUAAAUCUAAUAAUAUGAAUAAAGAAAAAAAAAACAUAAAAAUAGUCAUCAAUCCAUGCACGUGUUCACCUAUGCAUAGCUCCAAGCCACAAGGUCAGAUAUUUUGAGGUUUUUCUGGCUUAUUUGAAUAGGUUAUUGCUAAUAUUUGUCAUCGUUUAAUUUAUAUGUCACAUGGCCCAAAUACAUUACAGUUAAUGACAAAUUUUAUUUUUGUAGGGUUAGCACUGACAUAUUAUUACCAAAAGUCCAACACCGAUGAUUUAGUUUGUUCCAAAGAAAGCAAAAUUUAGUAGGGAUGGCACUGGCAUUUUAAAAUUGACUAAUCCAUUUUUUUUUUUUUUUUACUAAUCCAGUAUUUUUAACCAUAUAAUUUGAAGAAUCCCAUGACAGAAUUAUCUUGCUGAAGUCUUA